UCUGAAGCGCGCGGAUGAAGCUCGUGUUUACGCAGCGCUCGGCGUCUCACCGGUGGAUGUAAAUAUCAGUUUAUACGACAGCAGAACGCACAGACUGAUUCUUGAGCAUCGCCAAAGGAAACGUUGGAGAGACGCUCCGCUCCAGACUGCAGGAGGAUGUACUGCGUUAUUAACCAUCCCCAAAACCAUUUAAGGAUCCUCAGACAUUGAUAUCUUCAUAUGCACGUGAAUCUUCUGCAUUUGAAAGGCUUUCAACGGGCGGACACACACGCUGCUCUGUGCGUCUUAACGCAGGACUGCUCUUUUGGACCCGUGCCACGGUUGUCUGUCUCCGUCCGUUCACCCAACCACACCUACCCGUUAUAUCCUCACAGAAUUACAGCAGCGCGUCCUCACACCGGAUCCCGACAGAUCCCGUCGCGAAAGGGACAUUGUGUCUGCGUGAGCCGGUGAAAGAACGCAGAUCCACUGCGCUAUAAACGCCCGGUGCGCACCGGACCCGCUCAAAGACCCCCGCGUCGGACCGAUAUGUCAGCCCGGUGCGCGUGAUCGCUUCGGAACAGAGGCAGGUGAAAUUAUCAGCUUUGUCCCGCAUCCUGCGCCAAGAAGGAACGCAUCACCUUGAGGAUUUAAACGCACCGACAUCCAACUUACCAGCUGUGGUGUGUCGCUGCCAUGGCGACCCUGACCCCCUGCUUUUUACGGAUCUUUGCUGUCCUCCAAUUGGCUGCCUGCUCAUUUCCAGAGGAACCUGGCCCGUUAAUCUCCGCCCCCGCUGAGGUGGUGAGGCGCUAUCCAGUGUUUGUGGGCCGGGCGCAUCGCUCUUACACCCGUCAGGAGCCGCUGUAUAUUCAGACCGUCCUGAAAGUCAACCGCACACUCUACAUCGGAGCCAGAGAUGACCUUUAUCGAGUGGAACUGGACCAUGUGUCUGGAGAUGAAAUGUUCUACAGCAAGAAAAGGACGUGGGAAUCCAAUAAGAAUGACAUCCGCAUCUGUAGAAUGAAGGGCAAACAUGAGGAGGAGUGUCGUAAUUAUAUUAAGGUGUUGUUGAGCCAUGAUGGUGGGCUGUUUGUGUGCGGGACAAAUGCUUUCAACCCGCUGUGUGCCAAUUACACGAGAGACACUCUGGAAUUGGUCGGCGAGCCCAUCAGUGGAAUGGCCCGGUGUCCUUAUGAUCCCAAACACGCAAACGUGGCUCUGUUUGCAGAGGGCAGCUUGUUCACGGGGACAGUGACUGACUUCCUGGCCAUCGACGCUGUCAUUUACCGCAGUUUGGGAGAGAGUCCAGCCCUGCGCACGAUCAAGCAUGAUUCCAAAUGGUUCAGAGAGCCUUAUUUUGUGAGCGCCGUGGAAUGGGGGCCUCAUAUCUACUUCUUCUUCAGGGAGAUGGCCAUGGAGUUCAACUACCUGGAGAAGGUGAUGGUGUCCCGCGUGGCACGUGUGUGUAAAGGUGAUUUGGGCGGCUCUCAGCGGGUGUUGGAGCGCCAGUGGACGUCGUUUCUGAAAGCGCGUCUGAACUGCUCGAUCCCGGGAGACUCGCACUUCUACUUCAACCUGCUGCAGUCCACCAGCCCCAUCAUACGCAUGCAGGGCAGGGACGUCAUCCUGGGGGUCUUCUCAACACCCUCCAACAGCAUCCCUGGCUCGGCGGUGUGUGCGUUUGACAUGCAGCAGCUGGCACGUGUGUUUGAGGGCAGAUUCAAAGAGCAGAAAUCACCAGAAUCCAUCUGGACACCUGUACCUGAUGAACAAGUACCUAAACCCAGGCCUGGAGGAUGUGCUGUCCAGGGGUCAAGGUUCAGCUCCUCCAACAGCCUUCCCGACGAAGUGCUGAAUUUCAUCAAAACUCAUCCUCUGAUGGAUGAAGCGGUUCCUUUGCUCGGACACAGACCGUGGAUAGUCAAGACUAUGGUCCGGUACCAGUUGAACACUAUGGUGGUGGACACUGAGGCAGGUCCACAUCGCAAUCGCACUGUGGUGUUCCUCGGAUCCACCAGGGGAACCGUUCUCAAGUUCCUCAUCACACCCAGCCCGGAGAACCCGUACUCCAACACCAACACCUUUCUGGAAGAGCUGGAGGGCUACAACCCAGAAAGGUGCGGCGAUGACUCUGUGCAGGCGAGGCAGCCUCUCUCUCUGACCCUGGACAAACCCAGUCACACACUCCUGUUAGCGUUCCAUUCCUGCGUGGUGCGAGUGCCUGUCGCACGCUGCCAACUGCACUCCAGAUGCAUGAAAAACUGCAUCGCAUCCAGAGAUCCAUACUGCGGCUGGACCAAAGGAAGUACCUGCUCACUCCUGAGACCCGGCACCAGAUUACCUUUCGUGCAGGACGUUGAAUAUGGAAACACCUCACAUCUCGGAGACUGCGACGGUCUGUUACGUGAGAGUUUUAUGGAUGAGCCCGAAAGUCUUGUUACUUUGAAUCUGCUGGUUGUCGCAGCAGUUUCUGCUUUCUCCACCGGGGCAGCACUCUCAGGCUUGGCAGUGUGCUGGAUCAUGGGUCAAAAACACCGCCACCGUUCACAUAGCAGCACACCUUCGUCCAGUAGUCAGCGGAAGAACGAGAAGGAACGGUGCAUGAUGGGACAAAGCAGGAGAGGCUCUGUGAUGAGUGUAUCCCGGCACAGCGGCACAGACCGGCCACGUUCACAGGGAGAGACGCUCUUCGUAAUGCCGAAUGGUUGGGUCAAAGCAGGCGACUUGGACCCAGGUCUGCUCCCCACACCGGAGCAAACUCCCCUGCAGCAGAAACGUGGGUUACGCCUGUCCGAUUCCGGAUCCAGUUGGGACCAAAGCCAGACCUUCUUGAGUUCGGUGGGAACUCAAUGUCCACCUCCACCAUCCACUUUGUUUCUCAGCUCUAAACUCCUGCAAGGAUCCGGUCGACGGCAUGAGGAAGCCAUUGAAACUGGUAUCGACCGGCAACGUUAUGUCUCUCUCUCCAAGUACCGGGAUCAGGGAAUACGCCAAGGCACUCUUCUCCGCAAAUCGGCAGGUGAUUACAACUACCCCAUGACUCCCCAAGACUCCCCUGACCGGCGGAGAGUGGUGUCAGCGCCCAGCACCCAGAUAGAGUACAGUGGAGAGCCUCUUCGCUGGACCCACGAAGGCUACAUCUUUAGCAGUCAUGGCAUACCUCCAACGGGCCACCACUACACCCCAGCCUCCCAGCAUCCUGCAGGACUGACGCGCUCUGUGCUCCACGGGUCCCGGGGGAUCAUCGACAUGGCAGACUUCAGCCACCUGCUCGGGAAGGGAGGGAGCGAUCGGACACCGACAGGCCAGUGAACAGCGAGGAACCAAGAUGUGAAGAGUGGGAAAUUGUAGAAACGUGAGUGGCUGAAACCUCAUGUGGACUGCGGAGGGCAACCUGGUCAAUCACAGCAGCUCUCUGUAUCUCUCUCUCUCUGUUUCUUUCCUCACCUGCUUGUCAUCCUUUUUACUAAUUUGUCUGGAACUGCUUGCAUGAGGAAAAGCCAAAACUGGACCUCACUGACUACGAGAAGAGCAGCCAUUCCUACUGGAAACAACUCUUUCUUAUCUCGGUUUCUCUGACAGAGAUGUGUUUUUCCCUGUUGCUCUCCUUCUUACUGACUGCAUAUGAGUAUGUCUUACCAUACUUUAUUGCGCCUUUAUCAGAUGGAGGAAAGAACCGUAGACAUCUUGAAGACUAUCUAUCCCUGAAUCUGUUCAGACCUUGACUCUCUUUAGCAGGUUACUCUUUCAGCAGAUUUGUAAGUUUGAUACAAUGACAGCAUUUCAUUUGGGACAAUUGUUAACUCAAAAUAAGAGGAAGAACCCAACACUUUCUUGGAGUAAUGACUCAGCGGUCAACGGUGGUUGUUGUUUCUGGCUGAUACCAAACUCUAUACAAAGUGCUGUGAUUACCGGCGUACAGGACACCCCAUUUACAUCAGUGUAAAUGCUGUAGGAGCAUAUUUAGACAGGUUAACUGGUCGAAGGGAAAGAUUUGGAUUGAACUUGUACUACGGAAUCGUUUUCACAUCACAGUGAUUAUUGAUUGGUUCUAACUUCUUGUAGCCCAUUCAAAUGUAAAUUUUCUCCAUAGCAUACGUAGCAGUGUUGUAGUACUUGAGUCCUUCAAUACUGGACUCAGACUGAAGUCCAUGUCCAUGAGCAUAUUCUCCAUGACUGAUCGAGACCAGCUCAUUCAAGCCUGAGUCCAAAUGCUCCUGAAUAUAUAGUCUUGGCUUAAGACGGACUUGAGUAGUACACCCCUGAUUCAUAGAAAGAUGAACUGAAACUAUUUCAGCAUACUAAAUGGGAGAAUAAAGAGAAGCAAAUUACAGAAAGAACCACAUUAGCCAAAAUAACAACAGUGUCUGUCGCCAUCAGCAGCAUUUUUUUCUUUUCCAUUAUAAAGGCUUGUGUGUGACAUCACUACAUGUGGGCGGGGCCCCGUCUCAUGUUUUGCUUUGCAAGAUUACCAGUAUGACAGUUGCAUUGAUGUAUUAUUUUGACCAAAAUGUAUGAAUAGAAAACACACGAUUUUUUCUGUUGUAUGCUUGGGAAUCUUUUGUGUUUUAUGACUUUGUUCUCUGUCGAGUGAGCUGAGGCCUUUACAUCAGUAUUACCUCAGCCUUGAAUUCAGACUUUACAAGAGAGAGAGACAGAGAGAGAAAACUUUGGUUGGACGAGUUUCAUGGCCUCAACCACAUGAAUUUCUGUGUUCUGUGUAGCUCUGUGAGUUUAAUCAGAGAAACUCUGAUAGAGUUCUCUCUGAGAACUUAUGAACACACUGGAUUCCAAAUCUUUUGGUCUUUUUGUUUUGUUUCAUCCUUUUUUGUACAGUGACAUUUUUUUUACACAGUACGUAAAAUGUAACAUGGAACAGAGAACUGAGGGAAAAACACCCACUGUUUUCUAAAAUGACACAAUUAGAGACAGAGAAAGACUGUCUUGAGGACACUUGGACUCUUCUUCCUAAAGAUGCUGUUUGACCUUUUGUUUCCCCCGGACUCUGAAAGAGAGCAAACGAGAAUGGGAAGCCAGAGAAAAGGAAUCACAGUGUGAGAACUAAAAGGACUGCAAAGUCAAGAGAUGUCAUGUGAUUUGAAGCCAGUUACAUUACUGGGUGUGUGUUUUUCAGUGAAGUAACCAAUCAUUUUGCUUGUCAUAUCCAUCAUAAUACACUUCCCUUCCUUUUGUAUUUAUUUACUUUGGUUUUGAAAAUUCUUCAUCAUCAACAGGGAUCAAGGAUUGCAAUUUUCAGUCAUGUGUCCCUAAGUCAUUGUGACCUUAUAUCAUUAAUUAUCUAACAAUAUCAUAAUCAAAUGUACAGAGAAACACUCUCUGGCUCUGUUCCAAACCCUAGUGAGUUGCCUUUUUUCUCAGGCAGUUUCAUUCAAGAUGGCAGACAGAGUUUACAUUUAUGAAUUUGGCAGGUGUUUUAUCCAAAGUGAGUUACAUUGCAAUUAGGGUAUAAUUAGUUCUGUCUUCUGAUAAUAGUUCUGUCUUAUUUCAGAUCAAGUAAUGAAAACCUUAAAUGUAAAACUUUGAUAAGUAACAUGCCUUCGUCUUUAUUUAACUUUAUUUUGAGAAUCAAGUUUCUAUGUCUCCUUAGACACUGUUAAUGGAGUUGCUGUCCAAAAAGAUUGUUUCAAAAAAGUCAAGUUCAUUUUGGUUUGGAUUCUACCUUAGAAGACAUUAGACAACAAGUUGGCUCUCUAGGGUUUGGAAAAUAACCUUUUCAUCAACUUCCUCUUUCUGCAUGACCCGCACACAAGUGUCCGUUUCCACAUAGGCUAGCUUUGCAAUUAAACAUCUAAUAGCAUCAGUCUGUUAGAUAUCGUAAGCAGAUGUCUGAUUAGAUGAGUUGCCACACACACUUCAGUUCACAGGAAUGCAUGUAAUAAUGGUUCUCAUGCACCUGCAAGAUGUCUCUUAUUAAAAGCACAUGCUACAUACAUCACUUAAGCAUACUUCUCUGUCCUAGAGAGCACGAUCUCACCAUUGCCGAAGAUCUCAGAAAACACACACUCUUGCAGUUGUGUGCAACGGUCGGUUGAACAUUGAUUAGCUCAUAAAUCCAGCUGAAAGGAGAGUCAUGGUUGAUUGCACUGUGUGUGUGUGUGUGCCUGUGUGUGUUUAUGAGUUUAAAUUACUGUGUGUAUGUAUUUAGGUCUCCUCUCUUCAGCAUUGAAGAUACACCAGGCAGGAAAUAGGAUCCAGAACACAGGAAAUAGAUCCCGGUAUGCAGGAAAUGCAUGGAUAUAGCUGCUUACCUGUAGGUCAAGGACUCUAAGGCAAGUAAUAAAAUGCAGGAAGUAGCAAAUGUGCCAUAUGCUAAUAUUCUAACCAUAUGUAAAGAAAUAAGCACGUCAGGAAGAUAUCAUAUACUUUUUAUCAUAAAGAUCUCAACGUUUUCAAGUGUUCAAAUUCACAAUCUUCAAAAGAAACUGUGUCAUAUUCAUCUUCAUAAGCGUUUGCCAACAGAAAAUGGAAUCGCUAAGUUUGCUACUAAGCUACGAAGACGCCAAAACAAGUGUUUCUUCAAAGUGUGACUUGUGAUCUCAAAUGGAUCAGUUUAUUAAGGUUUGCUUUUACUUUUCUAAGUGAACAGAGUUUAGUUUCUUGCCUGGUGGAUGACAAAACAGGGAUGUUUUUCUCCUGAAAGAGAAAAGCUAGUAAGCUACCACAUAGCAACAACAUGCUAAUACUGUAGAAGCGUGUUUUGCCUGGAAAACCACUGCUUGUUUUUCUUGAGAAAAUAGUAGGCUAACUCUAGUUCCCAGUAUAAUUCCUGACCUUUUUCUUUCAAACCUCAAGAAACAAACACACACACAAACUGCCUUCAAUAAAAAGAUACAAGUUUCCACACAUUCCGUUUUAUGCCUACCUGCUCAAAUUGAUGUUGAGUGACAUUGACUUUUUCACGCAGUGCCAUUCUGUGUUAAUUCUGGUCUUUUAUUGUCAACACAAAGUGUUGAAUGUGGUGUGAAUGUAUUCAAAAGAUCUUGCUGUCAUAACCCAGUGUCUUUAUCUCCGAUCAUGCUGCAACAAGCACAAUAUUGUACAAUAAUCAAGGCCAACAAUGUGUGUUUGACUUUAUCCACAAUGUUUCAUUGCUUUUUUUGGUCCACAAAUUAUCACAUUUAUUGGUUUUCACUGACUUUGCAAAUGAUUCUUGAUCUCUUGAUAAGAUCUUGUUGACAUCUUGUGCGAAAGUGUAAAUGGCGACACAGAUUUGCCUUCGACGUGAAGGGCUGUGUGUAAGACUGAAUCAGUGAUACGUUGAGUUGUUUACAUAAACUCAGUUGCUCUGUACAUAGCUCAAAUCCUGAUUUCCACCCCUCCGCUGGCGAUGAUAUAAUGUCCCUGUGUAUAGAAGUCCAGGGGUGGUAUCCAGUGAAAACUGUUUUGUUCGUUUGUUGGUUUUUAAAUAAUCUCACAUGUAUAGACGUACAAACCUUUCACACAUGAACACACAAGACUCAGUACUGGAGCACACACUUAUUUUCGGACGUAAAUCAACAUGGAGAUUUUAUCAUUCUAAUAAACACAUUUGAUUGUUUGA